UAAAAACACCACAACAGCAACCCCUAAAUCCCCUGCCCUAUUUACAAAGCUCGUUUUUCUUCUUCCCUUUACCUCCUCCCUCCCUUUCUCUUCCAGUCUCAACUAAAGAGGGUACCUGAAACCAAAAGCCCUAAACAAGCAAUUGACUUGCAGAGAAGGUACUGACUGCUCUAUUAAAGGACUCGGUUACACUCGGAGUACGGAGCCGCUCAGAUGGGCCGGCCUGAGCCUUGCGUCUUGUUUGCACAGACCUUUGUUCACCCUCACCUCGACGAAUACGUUGACGAAGUAUUGUUUGCAGAAUCUAUUGUUGUUACUGGAUGUGAGUUUCUCGAACAGAACGCAUCAUCGGCUUCUCAAGCAUUAACACUUGUUGGGGCCACUUCACCUCCAUCCUUUGCUCUGGAAGUGUUUGUUCAAUGUGAAGGGGAGACAAGAUUCAGGCGUCUCUGUCAGCCUUUCCUGUAUUCUCAUUCUUCUUCCAAUGUGUUGGAAGUAGAGGCUGUUGUAACUAAUCAUCUAGUUGUCAGGGGCAGUUACCGUAGUCUGAGCUUGGUUAUUUAUGGAAACACAGCGGAGGAUCUUGGUCAAUUCAAUAUUGAGUUUGAUGAUAACUCAAUUACUAAUCUUGUGACUUCUACUGAAGGAAAGCUUGAGGACCUCCCUUUGGCACUACGUUCAACUAACAGGAAAAUUGAGGAAUCACUUUCCUCUCUGAAAGUGUUAUCAUUACCCAGUGUUGUGAGUGACAUAACCGUUGAUGUUAAACAGUUUUUACAGCUAACUUCUAAAGUUUUGGAGACUUCUAAAGUUUUGGAGUUGUCAAUCAUUGGGCAUACAGUGGAUAAAGUUGUGAGUACCGUGGUCUCAGCAGCAUCUUCAUGUGUCUCCAAUGAUUUUUGUUGUGAAGCAAUCAAUCGGAAACAUUGUGCUUUGGGUGGAUCCAAAAAUUCUGUAGAGAUAAACCAUAUUAUGAAUGAGGCAAGAAAAGAGCUUCUUGAGUUUGUUGGUGGACACGAAUCUACUGAAUUGUUGGCGGAGUGUAAUUUUAUUGAAACCGGAGCUGAUUUGGCUACUUCUAAACAGUUGGUUGAUAUGUUGAGCCAGUACUUUGAUUUUCAAAAGAGCAGCAGGUGUGCUGAGAAUGAUGAGCUUCCACAGUGUCAGAACAAGAAUGUCAUUCUUGGGUUGGGCAUGGCUCUUUUAUUGUGCUCUGGUAGAGAAAGCUGCUUUCACUUUGUCAAUGGUGGUGGAAUGGAGCAGAUUGCGCAUGUUUUUUCUGGAAACAUGCAGAAUUCUUCCCCCAUUGCACUACUGUUACUUGGAGUCAUCGAGCAGGCUACUCGCUACUCAGUUGGGUGUGAAGGCUUUUUAGGUUGGUGGCCUCGUGAAGAUGAAGAUAUACCAUCUGGUAUUAGCGAGAGUUAUAGUCAAUUGUUGAAGCUAUUCCUGCAAAAACCUCGUCAUGAUGUGGCUUCUCUUGCUGCUUAUGUCCUUCAUCGCCUCCGAUUUUAUGAAGUUGUUUCCAGAUAUGAGCAUGCAGUUCUAUCUGUGCUGGAGGGUCAGUCUGCUUGUGGUAGGGUAACAAGCGUCUCCUUGGACAUGCUUAUCAGUGCUAAAUUACAACUUGAAAAGCUAUUGAAAUUGAUUAAUUCACGUGGUCCAGUUGAAGAUCCUUCUCCUGUGGCUUGGACAAAACGUUUAUUAUUUCUUGGUCAAACAGAAGGACUAUUGUCCUAUAAAGCUACAAGUUACUUGAUUGAUUCCUCGACUUGUUGCUUUUCAAAUUGGGACAUCGACUCUCAUUUGCUGGCACUUCUCAAGGAGAGGGGAUUUAUACCAUUGUCUGCUGCGCUGUUGGCAUCGCCAAUAUUGCGUUCAGAAGUGGGAGAUGUGAUUGAAACUUUUGUGGAUAUUGCGUCAACUAUGGGGGCCAUAGUUCUUGCACUUCUUUCAUGUCGUUCAGGUUUAAUCUUUCUAUCACAUCAGCCUGACCUGGCAGCUACAUUGAUUGGGGUCUUGAAGGGUGCUGAUGAUAUGCACAAAGAAGAGUGUGUUCCUCUUCGUUAUGCAUCUGUUUUAAUAUCAAAGGGUUUGGUUUGCAGUCCGCGGGAAGUAGGGAUGAUUCUUGAGAUGCAUUUGAGGGUGGUUAACGCUGUGGAUCGUUUGCUUUUAUUGAGUCCAGACUCAGAAGAAUUUUUGUGGGUGCUGUGGGAGCUAUGUGGUCUCUCUAGGUCUGAUUGUGGACGCCAGGCUUUGUUGAUUCUGGGAUAUUUUCCUGAGGCUUUAAAACUACUGAUUGAAGCUUUGCAUUCUGUCAAAGAACCGGGGCCAAUUUCCAAGGAUGCUGGAACUUCACCUCUCAAUAUUGCGAUAUUCCACUCAGCUGCUGAGAUUUUUGAAAUCAUUGUCACUGACUCAACUGCAUCUUCUCUGAGCGCUUGGAUUGAAUAUGCUAUGGAACUUCAAACGGCUUUGCGUUCUUCUUCUCCUGGGUCAAAUAGGAAAGAUGCUCCAGCACGGCUGCUGGAAUGGAUAGAUGCUGGUGUAGUUUAUCAUAAAAAUGGGGUUAUUGGUGUUUUACGGUAUGCUGCUGUGUUAGCUUCUGGAGGAGAUGCGCACUUAUCCUCAACCACUAUGUUAGUCUCUGAUCUGACAGAUGUGGAUAUUGUUGAUGGAGAUUCUUCUGCGAGUCCCGAUCUUAAUGUUGUGGACAAUCUUGGGAAGGUUACCUCUGAAAAGACUUUUGAUGGUGUUAAUCUCCGCGACUCUUCUGUUGCCCAAUUGACAACAGCAAUGCGGAUUUUGGCAUUCAUUUCAGAGAACUCGACUGUUGCUGCUGCCCUUUAUGAUGAAGGUGCCAUCACUGUCGUAUAUGCAGUUCUGGUCAACUGCAGUUUCAUGUUUGAGAGGUUCUCAAACAGUUAUGAUUACCUCGUUGAUGAGAGUACAGAAGGCAACUCUACAUCUGAUUUACUGGUGGAACGCUAUCGUGAGCAGAGUUUAGUCGAUCUUUUGGUGCCCUCUCUGGUAUUGCUUAGCAACCUUCUUCAUAAAUUACAGGAAGCUAAUGAGCAACAUAGAAAUACAAGACUAAUGAAUGCCCUUCUACGCUUGCAUCGAGAAGUAAGCACAAAGCUAGCGGCGUGUGCAGCAGACUUGUCCUCAGCUUAUCCUGAUUCUGCACUUGGUUUUGGAGCUGUAUGUCAUCUAAUUGUGUCAGCAGUUGCUUGCUGGCCGGUGUAUGGCUGGACUCCUGGCCUUUUCCACUCCCUUAUAACAAGCGUUCAAGCCACGUCAUUCCAGGCUUUGGGUCCAAAAGAAGCUUGCAGUUUGCUGUGUAUUUUGAAUGAUUUGUUUCCGGAAGAAGGUAUCUGGCUUUGGAGGAAUGGCAUGCCCCUGUCAUGUGGCCUAAGUACGGUGGCUGUUGGAACAUUGCUAGGGCCUCUGAAGGGAAGACAGGUUGAUUGGUAUCUUGAGGCUAGAUACCUUGAGAGACUGCUUUGCCAAUUGAACCCACAGCUUGACAAAAUUGCCCAGAUUGUGCAGCAUUAUGCUAUUUCUGCACUGGUUGUCAUACAGGACAUGCUUCGAGUUCUUAUAAUUCGCAUUGCUUGCCAAAAGGGUAAAAAUGCUUCAGUACUUCUGCGACCCAUAUUAUCGUGGAUUCAGGAUCACGUUUCUGACUUGUCUCCACCAUCAGAUGUGGAUGCUUACAAGAUUUGCAGGUUUCUUGACUUCAUUGCUAGCUUAUUGGAGCACCCACGAGCCAAGGCGCUAGUGUUAGAGGAGGAGGGCAUUCAGCUACUGUUGAAGGUUCUGGAGAGGUGUUUUCAUGCCAUUGAUUCAGAUGGGAAACAGAGCUUGAGCAGUGAAAAAGCCGGGUUUAGUAUGAUUAAUUGGUGCCUCCCCGUGUUCAAGUUCUUUGCACUACUUUGUAAUCCUCAGACGUCCCUCCUGUACCCUGGGAGACAUGAUAUGCACAACAAUUCUGGAGAAAUGGUAACUAGAGAUUGGUUGUUACUUAUACGUCACAUCCUCAAGUUUUGCCAGGUCCUUCCAGUUGGAAAGCAGUUACUUUCUUGUCUCACUGCUUUUAAAGAAUUAGGUUCUUGCAAUGAAGGUCGACAUGCUCUCUUGACCACUGUACUUGGUGAUAACUCUGGCAUUCUGGAAUUGGAGUCUGAGAGGCAACCGGAAAGGGACGAUAAAGAUAUGGUUAAUGACUUUGAAUGGAGAGAGUGUCCCCCUUUGCUAUGUUGCUGGAGAAAGUUACUGAAAUCAGUUGACACGGAAGAUGUUUUGCCUGCUGAUACAAUCGAGGCUGUUAAUGCAUUGUGUUUAGGCUCUUUAUGCUUUUGCAUUGACGAGAAAAGUCUGAACUUGAAUGCAGUAGCAGCUAUAAGAUGCCUAUUUGGGCUUCCUGAUGAUGUUUGCAAAACAGAUGACUUUCCUGAGGAUAAUUUAAAAUUCAUUCGGGAAAUGACUACUGUGUUGGAUGAAAAGAUGAGCGAUUGUAACUAUGUGGUUCGGUCGGACAUGCGGACCUUUUUGUAUCGGGUUUCAGAGUCUACUAUGUCAUUAUUGGCGUUGUUGGAAAAGAAUAAUGGUUCAGUCCAGAUGGAUAACAUUGUUUCUGUUGAAAAUGUUCUUUCGUGGACAAACGAGGUUCUUGUCUCGUUGGACAUACCUCAGAUGUCGGAUGGCAGUGCUGAAAAGGCUGAUGAUUCUCUUUUCCUGGGAGGACUUGGGGAGAAGUUUCUGUGGGAAUGUCCAGAAACAUUACCUGACAGGUUGCCACAGACAACUCUCUCUGGUAAGAGGAAGAUGCCAUCCUUGGAAGGCCCAGGUAGACGCACCAGGGGAGAUAAUUCAGUGGUUGAGACCACAGGACAAAAUUCAUUUUCAAGGGGCUCGGUUCCUCCAACCUCAUCUGGUACAACUCGCAGGGAUAUCUUUAGGCAUCGCAAACCAAAUACUAGCCGACCUCCUUCCAUGCAUGUGGACGAUUAUGUUGCGAGAGAGAGAAGUGUUGAUGGUGUUAGUAGUAGUAGUAAUGUAAUAGCCAUCCAGCGUGUAGGAUCAACUGGUGGGCGGCCCCCAUCAAUUCACGUGGAUGAAUUUAUGGCUAGACAGAGGGAACGUCAGAAUCCUAUGGCAACAGUGGUUGGAGAAGGAUCAGCACAGGUCAAGAACGUCACUCCUCUGAAUGACACAGAUACGGAGAAGGCUAAUAAGUUGAAGCAAUUAAAAUCAGAUCUUGAUGAUGAUCUUCAGGGAAUAGAUAUAGUUUUUGAUGCUGAGGAAAAUGAAUCUGAUGACAAAUUGCCCUUUCCUCAGCCUGAUGAUAAUCUGCAGCAACCUGCUCCUUUAACAGUUGAGCAAAGUUCUUCCCAUUCAAUUGUUGAGGAGACAGAGAAUGAUGCUAAUGAAGGCGGUCAAUUUUCUCGCUUAGGAACACCUGUAUAUGCUGAUGAAAAUGCCCAGAGUGAGUUCUCUUCUAGAAUGUCAGUUUCUCGUCCUGAAGUACCAUUGACUCGGGAACCAAGUGUUUCUUCGGAUAAUAAGUUUCCUGAGCAAUCUGAAGAUUUUAGGAAUGAUAUCCAUAGUAAGACAUCUUCUGGGCAUGAUUCUGCUGGAGCAUCAAGUUCUUCUCGAUUUCCUGCUGUAUUUAGUAAUGCACCAUCGUCGGUACAGUUACCAGUUGGGUCUAGGAUGUUUCCGCAAAAUUUCUACGUAAAAAACAGUCCGCAGCACGCUGGUAGUUUUCCUGUUGCUGCUGGAUCACGAGGACCUUAUGACCAGAAAGUUCUACUAAAUCAACCACCUCUACCUCCAAUGCCACCUCCACAGUCGAUUUCAAACGUAGUAUCUCAGUCUAGUGAGUUGGCUCAGGGUCAGUCAUCUCCGUUUGCUAAUUCUUUGACUGAUGGACAGCCGCAAGUACUUACAGCCUUCCAAGUUCUGUCAGAGUAUGCACGGACUACUCUCUCUUCUCCUAGUGGAUCUGCUAGACAUCCCCCACUGCCCCCUACGCCGCCUCCCUUUUCUUCUAGCUCAUAUAAUUUAACAUCCGUAAAAACUUCUGGAUCCCAAUACAAUCAGAUUACUGGUGGAACAACUGAACUUCCCCAGACAUCUGUUUCAUCUAUGAUUGAUACUCGGUUGGGUAAUUUUUAUGCAUCUGGACAGACUUCUUAUCCACCACUUCCCCUAAUGCCACCUUCAGUUUUCAGUCGGCCUUCUGUACCCAUGACUCUUUAUGGAAACACCCCAACUCAGCAGUUGGGCGAGAAUCCCUCAAACAUAGUGCAAAAUCUCUCUAUUCCUCUGUCGUCAAUUCAGUCUGUACAUUCCCUUGUUCCAUUGCAGCCACUCCAGCCCCCACAGAUCAUACGUCCUCUGCAGCCCCCGCAGCAUUUCAGGCCACCAGUGCAAGGUUCACAACAGUUGGAGCAAGUGGAGCCUUUGCAAAAUCCAGUUCAAAUGCAAAUGCUGCAGCAAGUUUCCCAGCAGCCAGAGUUUUCACAGGCACAGCAACAGCAGCAAGUAGCUCAUCAGCAAGGCAAUAUUACAUCCCAGCAACUACAGGAUUCGGGAAUGUCAUUACACGAGUAUUUCAAGUCUCCAGAAGCUAUUCAGUCUUUGCUGAGUGACCGGGAUAAACUUUGCCAGCUUUUAGAGCAGCAUCCAAAGUUAAUGCAGAUGCUUCAGGAAAAAUUGGGCCAACUAUAGCAAUGUGAUAUGGAAUGUGAAGAGGCUGUCUUACGUUCUUAAGGGAGCUGUUAUUAGACUCGCGCCAUCUAUAAAACUUUGUGUGAAGUUAUUGCUUCAGCUUUUGUAAGCAGUUGAGACUAGAGAACCAUUAAAUGUUGAUGAUCAUCAAUCAUUCACUAGUCUUUUUACAUUCACAGUGUACAGGAAUGAAGAUCCGCGAGUAUCAUCAGCCUCCAGUAGAAUGUAGCCCUGGCGAUCUGAUAUAUAUUGUGUACUAUAUGUAUAUUUUACUUUCCCUUUUCCGAGCAGAACUUUUUUCCAUUAAAAUGUUGUCAAAUUUUAUCUACAUCAUUUCCCAUUGAAUUCAUUGGCUGGAGAUUUCUUUUUUGCGCACCGGUUUGUUUCUAGGUCAAGAUGGGGCUGCGAACCGGCUGAGAAUUAAGGGUGUCUGGAUUGAAAUAGUUGAUCGUCUUGUUCAGCUGCACUAGAGAGUUAGCAUGCUUUCUUUGGCUAAUUUAUCAUAUUUAUAAUCUUUGAGAA